AGCAAAACUACUCCAACUUUAUGGUUGAAAUUGCAACACCCAAAUAGCCAAAUCCUUGUUAGAACUUAACCAAUCAACAUCUUGAUUUUUUAUUGAUUAUUUACAUUUUGUUUAUAAUAGUACUAUUCAUUCGUAUUCAUAUUUACUUUUACUUUCCGGAUCCUUCGGAAUUAGGAUAUCAAGUUUUUUUUAUUGAUUCCUCUUUUUGUUCCGUGAUUUCUCAUCUUCUACCACCUAAAAUGGGUCAUAAAAUUUGGAUAUUAAUAUUUUUCACCCUUCAUUUCUUCAUCUUACUCCAUAAUUCUUAUUCUUCUUCAUCAAGUUCUGAUCUUUUUGAUUCCUGGUGCAAAAAACAUGGCAAAACAUACCCAUCUGAGGAAGAAAGACAACAUAGGCUUAAGAUUUUCGAGGAUAAUCUGGAAUUUGUGAAUUACCAUAAUAGUUUAGGAAAUUCAACUUAUACCCUUGAACUCAAUGUCUAUGCUGAUUUAACCCACCAUGAGUUUAGAGCUUCUAAACUUGGGUUAUCUUCUUUUUAUGCUAAUGAUUUGAUCAGGUUGAAGAAGAGUAAUCCUGUUCAAAUACCUGAUGUGAGUGUUCCUGAUUCUCUUGAUUGGAGGACACAAGGUGCUGUCACUAAUGUCAAGGAUCAAGGGAAUUGUGGUGCUUGCUGGUCUUUUUCGGCCACAGGGGCAAUUGAAGGAGUAAACAAGAUUGUUACCGGGUCUCUUGUGAGCCUUUCCGAGCAGGAGUUGAUUGAUUGCGAUAGAGGCUACAAUGAAGGUUGUGAUGGAGGACUCAUGGAUUAUGCUUUUCAGUUUGUUAUAGAUAACCAUGGAAUUGACACCGAGAAAGAUUAUCCUUAUGAAGGUAGACAAAGAAACUGCAAUAAGAACAAGCUUGCAAGACGUGUGGUGACUAUUGACGGUUAUGCUGAUGUCCCUCCUAAUAACGAGAAAGAGCUCCUGAAAGCAGUUGCUGCUCAACCAGUUAGUGUUGGUAUAUGCGGCAGUGAGAAAGCUUUCCAACUGUAUUCUAAGGGAAUCUUUAAUGGCCCUUGUUCCACUUCUUUAGAUCAUGCUGUUCUAAUAGUUGGUUAUGGUUCAGAGAAUGGAGUGGAUUAUUGGAUCAUUAAGAAUUCAUGGGGAACCAAAUGGGGUAUGAAUGGCUACAUGUUCAUGCAGCGGAACACUGGAGAUGCUAGUGGUAUCUGUGGAAUCAACAUGAUGCCAUCAUAUCCAACUAAAUCAAGCCCUAAUCCACCACCCGGUCCACCUCCAGGACCUACCAAAUGUAGUCUGUUCUCGACCUGUCCAGCAGGUGAAACUUGCUGUUGUGCGCGGAGCUUCUUAGGUAUAUGCAUGUCUUGGAAAUGCUGUGAGUUAGAUUCUGCAGUAUGCUGUAAGGAUCGUGUCCAUUGUUGUCCACAUGAUUAUCCUAUUUGUGAUACGCGUAGAAACCUUUGCCUUAAGAGCGCAGGAAAUACUACAAUGGCCAAACCAUUCAACAGCAGACAAAGCAGCAUGUAAAGAGUUUAGUUUUUAAAUUCCUCUCGUCCUAAAUUAAAGCUUGUGAACUAUUUUUGAAUGAUAAAUCUAUUAUGAGACUCAUGUCUGAUGUUUCUAUCGACUAUCAAGUAGCUGCCUAAGAGCCCGAAAUAUGGAGAGCCAGAUGGCAUGUGGGUUUUGAUGGUAUCAUUUGAUAUUGUACAUUUUUGCAAGUCUAUUGUACUUUUAACAUUUAUAUCAUUUCUGUACGAAAUUUAGAAGAUGAAUAAAAAGGCGGGAAAAUAAUGUGAUAUAUGACUUUCGAAAUAUAAACUUUAAAGUUUGAGAUGUA